AUGGCGGAGUUGGAUCCAAGGAGUGGGCUGGUGGAGAUGUCUGAGCGGGAGUCCUCGGCUGCUGGUGCUGCGGGCGCGGCUGCUGGUAGUACCACAGCGAACCGCUCAAGCGUAGACAGCCACAAAAAAACCAACAGUUUCGAAUUCAUCGCCCACCGCCGCAAACGCAGCAGUGCCAGCUCGGGGAUGUCUCAACUCCUCACCCCCCCCCUUCCGGGCGGCCAAAGCCCGAUAUUAGAAAAUGAAGCUGCUGAGACCGAGGCGGAGGUUGGGGGAGGCGCAGAGUGGGAGAGGAGACGUCGCGCUACGAGGAGUGAGGAGGCGGAGGGGGGGCAAAUCGUGUAUGCGCAUCAGCCUACGCCUGUGGUGCUCCGGGGGGGCGGGGUGGGGGAUGCGGGGUUGCCGUCGCCGGUUGGUGGGGGGGUUCGGGGGGGAUAA